UUGUGUAGUUGUUGGUUUGGUUUUUGACUGAGUGGAAGUGGAAAAACGAAGAAGAAACAAAAGAAGAAAAAAAUAUCUACGAAAAGCAAAGUUGAAGUUAAAAAAUUUCAAGUUCUCAAAAUGCCCAAGUGGAAAAUUAUCGAAUUUAUUGUGAUUUUAUCGCUUUUAUCUUUUGUUAAUGGCAAAUCCGAACAAGGAAAAUCCGAUACUGUCCUAACACCUCAAUCCAAUAUUGUCAAAGUCGAGAAGACACUUUUCGCCGGUUCGAAGAUCUUCUUACAAAUUACUUGUGAUUCUAAUGAUCCCGAUGCUGAAGUAACAAUUUUUUGGACCCUGACGGAGCAUCUGUGUUUGCUUGAUGAAUUUAAUUCUGCUGAGCAAAGGCAAUACCAGUUGGCUUUGCAAAAUGAAACGAUGCAAAUUAAGUCUGACCCAACGACGCAACCUUGCCAAUCGGGGGGACAUAUUAUUUUGCCAGAGUUUCGUUUUACUUCGGAUGCAUCAUCAUCAUCAUCGAUAGGCAGUGCUGUGGCACCGCAACCAGACAAAACUACAGUCGCUACGGUGAAGAAAAACAAACAACAACAGCAGAUUGGAGCGAAAGCUGACAAUCCUGUGUUUACAAUAACGAAAGAUGGCAUCUAUGAAUUUGUGCUCACAAUUGAACCGGUUAAAAAUGUCGACUUUGCCGCCCCAGUACAUAUUGAGCUUCCAGGUCCACAAGGCUAUUUAUCUGCUAUUGAAUGGCCUCUUCUACCAUUUUAUGGAACAAUGUGUCUAGUUUAUGUUAUCUUUGGCAUUGGUUGGCUUAUUGUGUCAUUUAUGCAAUGGCGUGAUUUGGUUCGUGUUCAAUUUUGGAUUGGUGCUGUUAUAUUAUUGGGAAUGUUGGAAAAGGCGGUAUUCUAUGCUGAAUAUCAAUCUGUAAAUUCGACAGGUAUUUCAGUACAAGGCGCCGAAUUGACAGCUGAAAUUGUAUCAUGUGCAAAGAGAACACUAGCCAGGAUGUUGGUUAUAAUUAUGUCGAUAGGUUUUGGAAUUGUUAAACCUAGAUUGGGACCAAUGUUACAUCUUGUUGUAAGCACUGGAGUUCUGUAUUUCAUUUUGGCUUGUGUUGAAAGUUAUCUCCGAGUUAUGCGCACAAAGAACGAUCAAAGAAACGAACUUGUUGUUGCUAGCAUACCACUUGCGGUAUUGGAUUCAGGAAUUUGCUGGUGGAUCUUUACAUCUCUUGUACAAACAACAAGAACGUUGCGAUUAAGAAGGAACAAAGUCAAGUUGUCGGUGUAUAGACAUUUUACCAACACUCUCAUCUUUGCCGUGAUAGCAUCUGUGAUCUUUAUGUUGUAUUCCAUUCGAAUGCGCAGAUCAGAAAAUUGUUCUCCUGGAUGGCGUGAAAUUUGGGUAGAUUUUGCCUUUUGGCAUGUUCUCUUUUCAGUGCUUCUUCUUGUGAUUAUGAUUUUGUGGAGACCCACAAAUAAUAAUCAAAGAUAUGCAUUCACUCCACUUUUGGAUAAUCCAGAAGAUGAAGAUGAUGAUGAAGAAGAAGAUCAAUUCGUAGCGAAUGUCUAUGGCGUCAAAAUACGACCUGGUUUGAGCAAUGGAACUAAGCCACAAAUUUCAAAAGCAACAACAACCGAAGAAGAUGAUUUACGAUGGGUAGAAGAAAAUAUACCCUCAUCAAUGUCCGAACCUGCGCUGCCUGUUCUUGAUUCAGAUGAAGAACUUGUUAAUACCAAAUUUGAAGUAUCGAAAAUGCAAUAGAAAGAAGAAAUAGAAAAAAAAAACAAAGAGCACACAGAAUAGCUUAAUUUUUGGCUAAAUUUGAGUAUUUUUGAACCUGAGCCAGAGACUUGUGUUUGUAUUUUCUUUUUUUUAUUAUUAAUUUAAUAUAAUUUAUAAUUUUCAAACAAUUUAA